CGCCCCGACCCAUCGAAACGCCGAAACGACGAGACGACGAGACGACGAGACGACGAGACGACGAGACGACGAGACGACGAGACGACGAGACGACGAGACGACGAGACGACGUGACUAAGAAACGACGAGAGAAUGGCUCCGAAAAGGACGGCGUCAGCCAUCCUACUGCACUCCCUCGGCCUCGUAUCAUUCGCCUACUCGUUCAGGCAUCUGGUUAGCAAUCCCAAUCCCGUGAACGAUUCAUAUGGAUGGCAUUUCCAGUUCUUGACCAUCCUGGGACUUGCUCUCGCAACAGCCACUUUUGUCGUGGGCCUCCUCGCAGACUUGACCGUGUCGCACACACUGUUCUCGAUCAAAAAUGCUCUGAGCAUGGCGAGCGCUCCUAUGGAGUGCCUCAUCAGCCUUUUAUACUGGGGCCUCCGAGCGAUCGACCCGAAACUCGUCUUACCUGACUGGGCGCCCCCGCUGGCAUUCGAAGCAGAUCUGUCGUUUCACGCCGUACCCGCCAUUGCCCUCGCACUCGACCUGCUCUUCUUUUCCCCGCCCUGGACGAUAACCUUUCUCCCCGCCCUCGGGCUCAGCGGAGUUAUAGCUUUUGGCUAUUGGUUCUGGAUUGAAAGAUGCUAUCAGUUCAAUGCCUUCUACCCCUACCCGAUCUUCGACCUUCUGUCCACCUCCCAGCGAAUCGGCCUCUUCGCCGGCUCCGCACUCAUGAUGGCGCUCUCGACGGUCGCACUGACAUGGCUGUACUCUGUGGUCAAUGGGAAAGACGUAAAAGAUGUAGUUGCAGAGGGUGUGACGAGGCCGAAGCGCGGGAAUGCGAAGGGAGAAUAAGCAGUCAAUGAAUGUGGCGGGUGUGUCAGUACGACAUGACCGAGCAAACGAUUCUUGUGCUGGGAUUUCGCGCUGACCGAGGGAUAAAAUGCGACAGUCGCCGACGAACGAAGCGGCAUCAGAUGCAGGAUCGGGCCAGAGCAUGUGCCUCGAGUGACUUCUCAUGGUUUCCAACUAAUGGGUAAGUAAUGGGGCACGUCGAAAGUCAUGUCGAGUCAGCGAUCUGAACAAAAUCGAAUCGCCGCUCACGAGCACAAUGACGAUGCACGAUACCGAACAAGGACACAGCCUGCUCCAUUGGGCCACUCCAUCUGGCUUUUUUAACAUUCUCGACUUCGUCGUUCACAAGAUGCGUCCAGAUGGUCGUGCUACAAGAACCAUUUCUCAUUGUGGCAUACGCAAGAUGUCGGGGUUCUGAGGACUUUGUGAAACUCCUCAGAGGUACGGUACUCAUGGUCGUGAAGAACUUCCAGGGCCUGCACAAUCGCCCAUACUCAGCGUGGACGGCGUUGAACGCUGGCUGAAUGGCUGCUCAUCAGUUGGAGCCUCCAGCCGUACGCACUGCCUCAGCAAGAUCAAGAACUGGUUUCCGUGGCCUAACUACACGCCAGCAACGCUCAGGCUGAUCUUUGAACCCAUACGCAAUGGCGAGCUUGAAAUUGAGCAUUUCGCCCAUCAGCUCGGUGCACCGCAAGUGUUUAGACGGCCGGCUGUGGUUAGUGUAGAUGCCGGCCGGCGACCUUCAAGGUCGCAGUGGCGUUCACCUAUGUCUGGCAUAGGUCCUCGACACUGCCUUCGCAAGCAAGCUACGCCAUACGCAUUUGACCUCACGUCAAGCUUGUCACAGACUUGCAGCUUGAAUCCAACUGAGAUGGUACUGCAGUCGGUGACCCAGGGUCAGUGUGCUGGCGCGCUGUGUUCUUGUUCUGGCCACAUGCUUGUCUUCGAGAAGGCAGUCUGAUUGAGAACGUUGCGGCCCAAUAUCUGCAUGGCACUCUCAUCGUCCGGCCUAGGAACACGUGUUUCAGGUAGGUGUUGCACGAACUGGCCUACCUGCAGGAACGCAAAGCCACUCACCACCACCUUGAUCGGAUCAGCGAGGCGAUUGCUUCAAGAGGAGGGCAGGCUCAACGACGUGGACUUGUUUCAUUGUGCAGACUGGACAGACUCUAACAAAUCCAAACGUCGUAUGCGAUCAUGGACGUGGGUACAAUAUCCAUCAACGGAUCAUUCGAGCAGCUUUACACAACUGGCCAACCGCUGCUCCAGUUGAUCUUGUUCCAGCCAAAGCGUUUGUCUCCAUCCGCAUAUCCAAUCGAGGUAUCCACAUAGUGAUAGACAAGGACCCAGCCAUUCUUCGGAUCGUUGUAAACAGAUUGCCCUCCGGGACCAUACACCCUGUCGUGCGACUCGAGCACGAUCGUACCACCACCAGAGGUACAGCUUGCCCCCGACUUGUCGACCUGGAUGAUGUCAGUCUUUCCCCUUGUGAAAUGCAAUGUUAUGAUGUGACUUACGAAGCCACCGGUCGCUGACGAUGAACGACACACUUUGAUCUUGUAUUCCUUGCCAGCCGCAGGUCGAGUCUUGUCGUAGCCACAGCAGGAUCCCCACGAGAAGAACAGAUAAUAGUAGUUCCCAUACUUGACCAUAUACGCUCCCUCCUCUGGCGACCCAUCGGUAGGGGUGUAGGCAAUAUUGACCGAAGUCGACCCCGAAGCGACGCCUGUUGGAGGACUCUUCAUUUGCACCUGAUAGAUGUCAUGCCAAAAGCUGCCGAAGUUCAAACGGUACGUCGACCCGUCUUUGAACAAAUUCGCAUCAAUUGCAUUGUACGGUUUUCCCGCUACGGAGGAAACACCCGCACUGCCCCGAUCAUUGAAGCUCCCACAGCUCAUAUCCGGCGAAGUCGCAAGUCCAAUCCCACUGACCUGGCUCCCAAACGACGACACGCUAUAAUAGACAUAAUACGUGCCAUCCACGAGACUCACAUCCGGAGCCCACAGAUCCGUUCCCGCGUUGCUUCCUUUUUGCACUUUGGCAGCCGUGUUCAACAUGGUACAGGCAAAAGUCCAAGGUCCGGAAAUGUCGGGGGCCGUGUGGAUUUGGAUCAGACCUCCUGUGGCGAAUUUGAAAUAUUUUCCAUCGCUGCUGCGUCGGAUGAUGGACGGGUCGUGUGAGUUGGUGCAGGUGCCUGUGCAGGCUUCUGGGUUGGCGUAGCCUGCUGCUAAGGGGGAUAGAGCGGAGAAGAGGGUGAGGAGGGAGAAAGGUUUGGACCACAUCUUGUUGGAGAGAAGAGGAAGUCAAGAAUGAGGGAGGGAGGGUGUGUCGGGAUACGACUCUCAAGAGAAUACGAGCCGAGACGGGAUGGGAUGGAAUGGGAUGGAAUGGGGGAGGUGGUGA